GAUAUAAUGAAUGCACGAUCAAUCAUUCACACAAAUCAAUCUCAGGAACCCACAAAAACAGGACUCUCCUGAUUGAUUCUUCGCUACAGUUUUACGAUUCUGUAGCCUAGAUUCUUCUCUGCUUUCCUGUGUGUUUCGUUUCGUUCCCACAAAACGGUGAUGGAUGGUAGAGAUCAAGCUCGCGUAGAAGAAGAACACGGCGGCUCUCUCCCUUCUCCACCUCAAAGGGAAGGAGAUUCUUCUGAGAUUGCACAAGAAGAAGACCCAUGGAGACGAGGCAUUGUGUUGAAAACAACACCUGAAGACACCACCGGGGAGGAUCUCUCGAGACGCAAUGCGUCCUUAACAUCGAGCCCUGUCGCCAAAAGAGUCAACUUUUCUCCAAUGUCCAGCCCUAGGAUAGGCCAGCGUGGCGCAUCACUCAGUCCCUCAUCUUCCUCUUCACGAAACAAACCUAAUAAUAAUAAUAGCUUGAAGAAUCUAGUCCCGAAGCUGAGUUUCAGAAACAGGAACAGCGAUAUCGAGGCCUUUGGGGCAGCGUCCUCCUCUCCUACUGCCAGGGACAGGUCCACGUGGACUCUCAGUAAUAUUUUAACUCCGAGGUUGAAGAAAACCGAGUCCUUGCCUGUAACACCUAUAGCUCACUCGAAUCCUGGGUCCACGCAUGGGAGAUAUGUGGUUGAUCCGGUUACUUCCAUGAAAAAAGGGCCUCCACUGCCUAUUCAUCGAUCACGCUCCGUUCCAGCGUUCAACAAAGAUGGUAGUCUAAGACAAGCAGGUGUUUUCAGGGUGAUUCCUACUCCGAACAUGACGCCACCAAGAAAUAAUAAUAUUAAACUUAACGACACGGAUGUUGAUGGAGGAGAAGAUGUUCCUGAAGAAGAAGCUGUGUGCAGAAUAUGCAUGGUUGAACUGGGAGAAGACUCGGAUGCUUUCAAGAUGGAAUGUAUGUGUAGAGGUGAACUAGCUCUUGCACACAAAGAAUGUACAAUCAAAUGGUUCACCAUUAAAGGAAACAGAACAUGUGAUGUCUGCAAGCAAGAGGUUCAGAAUCUCCCUGUGACCCUUCUUCGCAUGCAGAACUCGCAGGGGAAUUUUGGAGAUGCUGAUACCGAGGCUUCUCACUUCAGUGUGUGGAAGGAUGUUCCAGUACUUGUCAUUGUAAGCAUGCUUGCAUACUUCUGUUUCCUUGAGCAGCUUCUGCUUACGAAAAUGAAAUCCGGAGCCAUUGCAAUAUCUUUACCAUUCUCUUGCGUUCUUGGUCUUCUUGCCUCUAUGACGACAACAACAAUGGUGAAGAAGCAAUAUAUCUGGAUUUACGCCACAGUUCAGUUCGCUCUUGUAGUUUUUUUCUCUCACAUUUUCUUCACAUUGGUUCACAUGAAGCCGGUUGUGUCCAUUCUCUUAGCCACAUUGGUCGGGUUUGGGCUCACCAUGAGCGGGCAAACGGGUCUAGCCGAGUUUGCAAAAUGGAGGAGAAUCCAGAGAGCAGAUGAACCUCCAAGCAGUAGUAGUCAGGUGGAUCAACCACCAGCUCAGACAGCAGGUUAGAGCAAUCUGUGGAUCAUGAAACUCAAGCCAGAGGUCCUGAAUGCUGGUCACAUGUUCCCACUAGCGGGUUUAUGGUGUAAAAAUCAAACCAUUUUGGGUCGUGACAUCUGGAUGGAGAUCCAUCUAUUUAGAGAUGUGAGAACAUAUUGGUCAUGUCACAUGUAGUGAUGAUUACCUGGAAGAGUUCAAAAAUUAUUUCUGGGUAAUCUCUUAUGUUAGUGAAUGUGUGUUAAAGCUUUUUUUUGGUACUUUAUUGUACAAAAAUAUAAAAAAGGAAUAGAUAUCAUAUAUAUCAUCAUGUAAGGACUUGAACAACA